AUGAAAAAACUUGGAAAGCUGGAGUCUUUAGAACAGAAAGUUGGUGACAUUGAUAAUAAAAUAUCCAAGCUGUGGUCUGAUUUAGAUAAAAGGGUGUCCAAAAAUGAAGAAAAAAUCUCUGAUGUUAGAGAGGCAGUUGAAGCUCAUGAUUUUGAUAUUGAGAAAACAAAGGAUGAAGUUCAAAGUUUGAAAAGCGAAAAUAGACGCAUAAAGGACGAAGUGGUUGACAUGCAGGCUAAGGCUAUGAUGACAAAUUUAAUUAUUGGUGGUAUAGCUGAGAAACAGAACGAGACCAUGGAACAGACUAAAGAAUGUGUAAUCGAGUAUUUCAAGAAGGAUUUGAAGAUUCCGGAUGAGGAAAUUGGUGAUAUAAAAACUAAUUCAGUAAAACGUCUGGGUCCGAAAAAGAAUGACAAACCGAGAAAUAUCCUAGUAGUAUUUCAAGAGGUAAAAAUGAAAGAUUAUGUAAAAUCAUUUAAGGACAAUGUAGAUUCGAAGGCGUCAGGGAAAUAUAUGCACGAUCAAUAUCCUCAAGAAAUAGUAGAGCAGAGAAGAAAGUUAAUACCAAUCAUGUUGAAAGCUCGGAAAGCAAAGAAAGAUGCAUUUAUAAAGUACAAUAAACUGUUUGUCGACGGGAAAUUAUACACUAACGGGGAGUUUGGUAAAGUUGCGUAG